UCCCGAAGGAAAAUAGCGAGCGGGACUGAUGGCCAUGGCCUCCUUCUAGGGUUCCAAAAAUAGACAGUUCAAUUCGCCUGUUUACGAAGUCCAAAGUUUUAAUUCUGCAAAGAGAUUGCAUAGUUUCUCUCUCUCUCGAUUAUCCUGAGGAACUCGAAAGCUCUGAUUUUGCAAAGAUAUAGGUCACUUGCCCUGUUUCGUUGCCAAAGGGAUUACCCUCAUCUGUCCAGGUUCUGUUUCUGUAGCUUGCCGGGUAUACAUUGCAUUUUGAAUCGAUAUUCUAUCAAUUGAUGGCUUCACCAGCUUGGUUUCCGCAGGAAAUGCAGACUUCGGCAUCUCAAUCCUCUGUUCCCGCAUCUGGUUCGUCAACGCCAACUGCUGCAACUGGUCCACUUGUGGGUGCACGUACUUCAACUUCGAAUGGUGGAACUGGCCCCGCAUCCUCCCCAUCGUUCUCGUAUAAUGUGUUUCCGAAUGUUGGCACCGGUUCAGGGAGCUCACAGUUGUUGUCAUCCUCUCCCGUUAUAGAGUCUAAUACAUCCAGUUCUUCUGCAUUCAUCCAACCCCCGAUUCCUGGCAUGUCUGGGAACAACGGUCCUUCUUUUUCAUACAACAUCCCAAACGGUGUGGUCGGAACUCCCGGGAGCCAGCAAUCACAGUUGAGCACACCAGUUGCUCAAGGGAGGAAGAAUGUUCCACCUGAUGCAGCAUCCUUACAACCUCCUGUUCCUGGGCAGCCUGCAGGCCCUAAUUCAUUCUUAGCCGGGACGAAUGCACAAAUUAUGCUACCUCCAGCUCCCUCGUCUGUUGCCUCAAAAGGAGCCUCAACAAAUUCUAUGAGCUUUUCUUUCAAUGGGAGUCCUAGGCCAAUGCAAAGCACUCCGCCCACAGAAUCUGUACAUAAUUCGUCAGUUGAUAUUAUGCUUGAAACUGGUACUUUUCCAUCCGCACCAUCUGUCUCUCAGUCCUUUGCACAACCUUCUCAUGCCACAUCAAGUUCUACGACGGCUGUGUCUUCAUCUCAUAAUUUGAGUCCGGCAACUUUACGAAUACCCACGGCCCCGUCAUUUCAUGUGCCUCCAGGAACUUCUGGAACUCCUGGAACAACUGCCCCCCCUGGAAUAUCUUCUUCUGCACCAUUGCCAUCGAAUCUGACUGUUCCGCCUCCAGCCAUGGAUUCUUCCUCUUCUGCACUCCUAAGACCUAUUAUACCAGGUACUCCGUUUCCAUCAAAUCCAGCCAUGCAGCAUCAAGCAUAUACUCCCUAUCCGUCUGUACCAUCUGUUGGUGCUCCCUCUCAUGGACCCUGGUUGCCACCCCCACAGUUGAGUGGCUUCCCAAGACUGCCAUUCCUACCGUACCCUGCUACUUUUUCUGGUCACUUUCCGUUGCCACCGCGUGGAAUGUCUCUUCCUUCUGUUCCGCUGCCUGAUGCCCAACCUCCUGGUGUCACUUCUUUGGGAACUCAUGGUGGAAUCCCCAGGAUAUCUGCGGCUUCUGGCCCUCAGUUGACAGCUGGCUUAGGGAUGCAGCAAGAAUCACCUCCAGCAAUCGAUAAUGGUCAGAAUGUCAUUGAUGUUGGCAACAAGGAUGGAGCUGCGGUUGGUGAACAAGUUGAUGCUUGGACAGCCCACAAGACUGAAACAGGAAUUGUGUACUACUACAACGCUUUGACGGGAGAAUCUACUUAUGUGAAACCUGAAGGUUUUAAUGGAGAGCCCGACAAAGUAACUGCUCAGCCAACUCCAGUUUCAUGGGAUAAGUUAGCAGGUACCGAUUGGGCGUUGGUCACCACAAAUGAUGGCAAAAGAUAUUAUCACAAUGUUAAAACCAAGUUGAGCAGUUGGCAGAUUCCGUCUGAGGUAACAGAGUUGAGAAGGAAGCAGGACGGUGAUACUUUAAAAGAAGAAUCAAUGUCAGUGCCAAAUACCAAUGUAUUGACAGAAAUGGGAUCUGCUCCUGUUAGUUUGAGUGCUCCUGCUCUUAAUACAGGUGGUCGUGAUUCCACAGCUCUUAGAGUUUCAGGCGUGCCGGGAUCGUCAUCUGCACUUGAUCUGAUAAAAAAGAAGUUGCAAGACUCGGGAGCACCUGCUACUUCGUCACCUAUUCCAACUUUUUCAGGACCAGUUGCAUCAGAAUCGAAUGCUUCAAGAGUAGUUGACACUACAGUUAAGGGCCCACAAAAUGAGAAGAGCAAAGAUAAGCUCAAUGAUGCCAACGGUGAUGGUAACAUGUCUGACUCCUCUUCUGAUUCUGAGGAUGUGGAUAGCGGACCCACCAAGGAGGAGUGUAUCAUCCAAUUCAAGGAGAUGCUUAAGGAACGUGGAGUGGCGCCAUUCUCGAAAUGGGAUAAGGAACUACCGAAGAUAGUUUUCGAUCCACGCUUCAAGGCUAUUCCAGGUUAUAGUGCUCGGAGAGCCUUGUUUGAUCAUUAUGUUCGUACACGGGCUGAUGAAGAGCGCAAGGAAAAAAGAGCAGCUCAGAAGGCUGCAAUGGAGGGGUUCAAGCAGUUAUUAGAAGAAGCAAAAGAGGAUAUUGAUCACAACUCUGAUUAUCAAACAUUCAAAAAGAAAUGGGGCCACGACCUGCGGUUUGAGGCCUUAGAACGAAAGGAGCGCGAAAGUUUACUCAAUGAAAGGAUAUUUCCUCUGAAGAGGGUUGCUGAAGAAAAGGCAAGAGCUAUACGUGCAGCUGCUGCAUCGAGUUUUAAAUGCAUGCUUCAGGAGAAAGCAGAUAUCACGACAAGUUCUCGUUGGUCUAAGGUGAAGGAUAGUCUAAGGAAUGACCCCAGAUACAAAUCUGUUAAGCACGAGGAUAGAGAGAUUAUGUUUAAUGAAUAUAUAUCUGAACUAAAGUUUUCUGAAGAGGAAGCAGAACGAGCAGCCAGGGCCAAACAGGAGGAGCAGGAGAAGCUGAAGGAAAGAGAGCGAGCAUUGCGGAAGCGGAAAGAAAGGGAAGAACAAGAGGUGGAGAGGGUGCGAUCCAAAGCUAGAAGGAAAGAAGCUGUUGAGACUUAUCAAGCUUUACUUGUUGAAACAAUUAAAGACCCACAGGCAUCUUGGACGGAAUCAAAGCCUAAGCUGGAGAAGGAUCCUCAAGGACGAGCAGCAAAUCCUUAUUUAGAUCAAUCUGACUUGGAAAAGCUUUUCAGGGAACAUGUGAAGAUGUUGCUUGAGAGGUGUGUAUAUGAGUUCAGGGCUCUCUUAUCUGAUGUGAUAACUCCAGAAGUAGCCGCUCAAGACACAGAAGAUGCUAAAACAGCUACUACUUCUUGGUCAACAGCUAAACGUCUUCUUAAGGCCGAUCCUAGGUAUGCAAAGAUGCCAAGGAAAGAGAGGGAAUCUUUAUGGCAGCGGCAUGUUGAGGAGAUGCAGCGGAGGCAAAAAAAGUUAGCAGUAGAUCAAGAGGGAGGAGGACGAGGAGGAGGAGGGGGAGGAGGAGGGGGAGGCGAGAAGAAGUAUGCAGAAACAAGUAGAAGAUCGGCCGAUUACGGGAAAUAUCGGGGUACUCAUGACUGAAGAAUUAGUCUUAAUUGUUUUUUCUUCCCAGUUCUUUUCUUAGGAACAUAAAGAAUUUUUCAGACCUUAGCAGGAGAGCUCAUCAUUUGUUUGCUCUGAACCUCUGUGGCUCUGUUAGAACUGUAUGAUAAUUAUGCAAUUAGGUUGAUAGUUACAAACUUAUUCAGUAUAGUGAAUAUGUUUCGUUGUUUUUGUACCAAGUUCAGGUGAAUGCAAAUCGAGCUUAGCCUUCUUUUUA